CCCAUUUUUUAGGGUUUCCUUUCUCUCUCUCCUCUCCGUUUCUCUCUUCUCUCCUUUUGCGCCUAUCAUUUUCCCGCCGGUCGGUGUAUUUUCCCGGGAAAUUUUUGAAAAUUUUCCGACGAGAUUUCCGACCGCCGCCUUUCCAUCUUCGCGGAGAAAAGUUCUCUUAAACCUCCUAACAGACCUUCCUCCAAUUCUAGCCUUAUCCAUUCCCGAGCUUCCGAGGUCGACAAUCUUGAAAUAGUUUCCCCGUUCGUGGUCUGUUGAUUGAGGUUUGAUUUAUUGGAUUCUGAUAUUUGGUUGAAAAUCUCUGUCUCUGAAACCGAAGCUCCCGUUUUUUGGAAGACGAGAAGAGAAAGAGGUUAUCUUGGAUUCUGUCAGUUCACGAAGACGUUUAUUUUAUUUAAUUUUUGUGUUCUAUAUGUUUGGUUGCCGAGAAAAGGUUGGAAAAUAGAUUAAAGUCGAUUCUUUGAAAAAGGGAUUUUUACGAGGUAAAAAGAUAAUUGUCUUUCUUGAUUGCUGGGGAAGAUGGCUAGUCAAGGUGGUGGUUCUAGAAAAAGUCUGUCUUUAUCCAGCACAACUACGCAUGGAAAGAAGAAAUCAGCGGACAUUGGAGGUCCCGAUUCCGCUCGGAAAUCUCUUCAGCUUCAAUCCUCUAAAUCUAUGGGACUAACAGGAGAGCGUACUGUGAAACGUUUGCGUCUUUCGAAGGCUUUGACUGUUCCUGAGAAUACAACUAUUCAGGAGGCUUGCCGCCGAAUGGCUGCUCGUAGAGUUGAUGCUCUGUUGCUAACUGAUUCUAAUGCAUUGCUUUGUGGAAUUCUUACGGAUAAGGAUAUAGCAACAAGAGUUAUAGCUCGCGAGCUUAAUCUAGAUGAGACUCCUGUUUCCAAAGUCAUGACAAGGAACCCAACUUUUGUUCUCUCAGACACUCUUGCUGUCGAAGCUCUGCAGAAGAUGGUACAAGGAAAAUUUAGACAUUUACCCGUUGUGGAGAAUGGAGAGGUCGUUGCUUUGCUUGAUAUAGCAAAGUGUUUAUACGAUGCUAUUGCUCGCAUGGAAAGGGCAGCUGAAAAAGGGAAGGCUAUUGCUGCUGCUGUUGAAGGUGUUGAAAAACACUGGGGAACGUCUAUUUCUGGUCAUAAUACAUUUAUUGAAACGCUUCGGGAUCGGAUGUUUAGGCCAUCUUUGUCCACAAUCAUUCCGGAGAGUUCAAAGGUCGUAACAGUGGCUCCAACAGACACAGUUUUGACUGCAACAAAAAAGAUGCUUGAGCUGAAAUUAAGCUCAGCAGUUGUGACGGUUGAUAAUAAACCUCGGGGAAUUCUUACCUCAAAGGAUAUCCUGAUGCGGGUAAUAGCACAAAAUCUUUCUCCAGAGUCUACUCUUUUAGAAAAGGUGAUGACUCCAAAUCCAGAAUGUGCUACUGUUGACACGCCAAUUGUUGAUGCACUGCAUACCAUGCAUGAUGGGAAAUUUUUGCACCUUCCCGUGGUAGAUAGAGAUGGGAACAUAGUUUCAGUCGUUGAUGUAAUUCACAUCACUCACGCAGCUGUUGCCACAGUUGGAAGUACUGCUGGAGUUAACAAUGAGGCUGCAAGUACUAUGAUGCAGAAGUUUUGGGAUUCUGCCAUGGCCUCCAAUGAAGAUGAUGACGAAACUCGGAGUGAAGGUUCCUUGAAACUGGCUUCUGAUGGAGCGGAGACUGGAAGAUCCUCUCCCUAUACAUUAGCGGGCUUGUCUACUAGUUUUGCAUUUAAAAUCCAAGAUAAGAAGGGUCGAAUGCACAGAUUUACUUGUGAAACUCGGAGUUUGACAGACCUCAUAACUUCCAUCAUUCAGAGAGUGGGUGAUGACAUUGACCGCAACAAUCUGCCUCAAAUUUUGUACGAAGACGAAGACCAUGAUAAGGUUAUGCUGGCAUCAGACAAUGAUCUUGCAGCAGCUGUGGAACAUGCAAGGCUAGCUGGUUGGAAGGGAUUGAAACUGCAUUUAGACUACUCAGGAAUGCAUGAUCCUCGAAGGCAUUCGGGUUCAGGAAGUUUGGAUUAUGCUCAUGCAGAUUCGGCGUGGGCGUCUGCUUACAGUGCCGCUGCAGCUGGGGCCGCACUAGUUGCUGGGUUAGGGGUUUUAGCAUACUUGAAAAGAGCUGGUAACUAACUAAUACUGACUCGCCGAGUGCAAAAUAAACUUUUCCCCUGAGAUCAGACUGGAAUGGAAUUGGUGGGUAGGGCACAGCUUGUGCUUCAUUUUUUUUUUGUACAAACUAUACUGUAUACGAGGAAAAGAAAUCACGUCUUUCUUUUUGUGGUGCUCAUUACUACACAAUUUGGAGGUUUGUCUAUGUUAUUGGAUUGUUAUUUUGUUGCUUAUACCUUGGCUUUGUAGCUUCAUGAAUUUUGAAGACUGUAGAAAUAACCAGGAACAAUCUGUUCAUGUA